UCCUUUUGAUAGCAGUGUUUGAAAUAUCCAAACAACAAAAAAAAACAUGGCGAACGCUCAACAGGCUCAGUUGUCUACAGCUUUUUAUUACUUGAAUGAUAACUUUUAUUGUGAAAAUUCACCUGUACAUCAAAUCGAAAACGAGUUGGAGAAAACAAGUGGCUGUGAUGAUGAUGACGACAGAUCGGCCACACCGUUGUAUAUUUACAGUCAAGCGCAACUACACCGAAACAUCCAAAGUUACAAAGAUGCGAUUCAAUCAGCUGGAAUGAGCGGCCGAAUGCACAUCUUUUACGCCGUUAAAGCCAACCCAAAUCUGCACCUGAUGGAUUUGGUGAGGAAACAAAAUUGCGGAGCUGUUACAGUAUCUGGCUACGAGUUGAAGGCAGCUUUGAACACCGGAUUUGUUCCUGAAAUGAUCCUUCUCAACGGCAACGGCAAAGAAAUGUGGGAGAUCCGAUUGGCACUGAAGAAUGGUUGCAUGCUCAACGUCGAUUCGUAUUUCGACGCUGAAAAUAUAAUCAGCGUUGCUCGGCAGUUGCAAAAGACUGCCCGAGUUCUGAUUCGAGUUAAUCCUGGGCUGGAGCAGUCCAGCACACCUGUCCAUUCCUAUUUGAGCACCGCAUUGAAGAACAGCAAAUUUGGAAUCCCUUUGCAUCAGUUUGAUCAGGUAUUGGAGCUUUUAAGAGCUGAGCAUUUCAUUCAAGUGGUCGGACUUCACUGUCACGUUGGAAGCACGAUUCGUGACGCAUCCAUUUAUUCCAACGUCACUCGUAUAUUACUGGACAUUCGCCAAAAAUUAAUAACGCAAGAAUAUGCGCACUUAAAAUAUCUGGAUAUUGGCGGUGGUUUGGGAAUCGAUUAUUACCACGGCACCAAUCAAGAGCAAUCGCCAUUGUCGUCGACCAGUGAAUUGAUUCAAGCAAUCGCCUCUUUAUUGCCUCCGGAUGUGGAAGUGAUUAUCGAACCCGGAAGGUCUCUGGUGGCCAAUACGGGUAUUCUGGUGACCAAAGUACUCGGUAACAAGAAGAGUCCCGACGGCGGUAAAAAUUUUGUAGUCGUCGAUGCUGCCAUGAACGACCUGAUACGGCCCAGCUUUUACCAAGCUUAUCAUCACGUGCUACCAGUUCGAAAAUCUAUUUCAUCUGAAGGGACGUAUGAUAUCGUCGGUCCAAUUUGCGAGUCCGGCGAUUUCCUGGCCGUCGACCGCCGACUGCCGCAAGAGCCUGUCAAAGGUGACUUGAUGGCCAUUAUGGACAUCGGAGCUUACGGGAUGGCCAUGGCUUCCAACUACAAUAUGAGAGCAAGAGCGGCAGAAGUGCUGGUGGAUGGUAACAGCUGGAAGAUUAUUCGGCGUCGAGAAAACUUCGAAUCCCUAGUACAAACUAUGACUGCUGAUUAGUGUGUCACUAAAAUUCAACAAAGGAGUAUAAGUAAACCCCCUAAAAAAAUGUAUUUGCACUUUAAUUAAUAUUUCUUUAGAUGGGUGGGAUUUGCUUAUUAGACCUUGAGGUUUAUUGUGUCAUAAGGAAUGGUGGAAUACCUGUAACUUCAAAAGUCACAGCUGACUUGCUAAAAGAAUUUGCCAAAAUAAAAUUAUUAAAUUAUG